AUGCCAUUCUUCCAACCAAAAGUCACCCCCCUACCCUCCGGCAUUGACCUGCACGGCAAAUCCGCCGUGAUAACCGGCGCCAGCGCAGGCCUCGGCCUCGAAACAGCCCGGCAACUCCUAUCCCUAAACCUGACCACCCUCAUCCUUGCCGUCCGCAACGAAACCAAAGGCGCAGCCUGUAUCGAAACCCUCCUAUCUGACCCAACCAUCAAAUCCAAGAACCCAAUCAUCAAACUCCUGCCCCUCGACGUCAACGACAACAACAGCAUAACAUCCUUCGCCAAAACCCUGCCCCAAACCCUCCCAACCCUCAACAUUCUCAUCCUAAACGCAGGAAUAAGCCGCUUCAAACACACCCCCAGUCCGACGGGCCACGAGGAAACCGUGCAAGUCAAUUACCUCUCCAACGCACUCCUGCUAGCAACUCUACUCCCGUAUCUAAACGCCAGCGCUGAGAAAACCGGUUCCCCAACCCGGGUUACCUGGCUGGGUAGUCGUAUGCACGAGCUUAUGACUAGUUUUCCGAAAAAGUCUCCCCUAGCUGGUCCCUAUACCUCCGUUCUGGAGUACGUCGAUGCUGAGGGUACUAUCUCGCCGUACUCGCGGUACGCGGAUAGUAAGGUGCUCUGCGCGAUGUUCAUGUACAGUCUUGCGCCGAGGUUGGAUUCCAGCAAGGUUCUGCUGAAUAUGGUUUGUCCCGGGAUGGUGGAUACGGGGAUUAGUGAUUUUUUGCCGAUUUAUUGGAGGGUUGUUGUUGAUCUUGUUAAGGCGUUGAGGGCGAGGAGUGUGGAGGUUGGGGGGUGGUUGGUUGUUAAUGCUGCUGUUGUGGCUGGGGUGGAGUCGUAUGGGAGGCUUUUGGGGGAUAAGGAGGUUCUUGAGGUUUCCAAGUAUAUUCAGUCUGAGGAUGGGAGGAAGGUGCAGGAGAAGUUGUGGGAGGAGACUUUGGAUGAGUUGAAGAAGUUUACUACUUUGCCGCGGGAGUUUAUAUGA